AUGAAUAAACCUAUACUUAAAAUUGAUUAUUCUCUUAAAGAAUGUUGUGAAAAUGUUCCACAAUCAAAAUUACUUCUUCAUCAAAUAGUAUAUCAUUCAAAUAUAAAACAACCACAUUAUAUGAUCCCUUAUGAAAUGCCACAUAAAUCAUUUAAUCAAUCAAUUUCAAUUGCUGUUCUACCAAAAAUUAUUCAAGAAUUAAAAGAGUUUAUGAGUGAUUUAUUUGUAAUAAAUUGUUAUAAAACAUCAAUCAAUACUACUGUAGAUCUUUCUAUCAAUUCAAAUGAUUUUCAAUCAACAUUAGAAAUAUUAUCAGAUGUUUUUGAUGAAUGGGAAAUUUCUAAAACAAAAAAUUCAUUAACAAUUUCUAAAGGACAACUAACAAUCAAUUUUUAUGGACCUAAUAAAACGCAAUGUAUUUUAUGGGAAUUUUAUCAAUCAAUUUCAAAAAUUGAUCCAAGAAUUGAAAUUCUUCGAUCAAAUCUAGUUGAAAUUUUAGAAUCAACUGAAUUAAAAAAUCAUAUGGAAUUAAGUUUUUAUCUUGUAUUACACUUUCUUUUUCAUGAAGAAAUAAUACUAUCUCCAAUGGAAAAAAAAUGUAUUCAUCCUGAAAAUUCAAAUUCUGCAUAUAAAUUUUGUAAUGUAAAUCCUCAAAUAAGAUGGGUUGUAUGUCCUAAAUGUCUUGAAAUAUUCACUAAAAAGUUAAAAAAUAUUGAAACUAUUGAACUAGAUUGUCAUCUUCUAGAAUAUUUCAUUACAUUUAAUUAUAAAGAUAAGUUAAUUGAUAUUGCUUAUGGAAAAUUACUUUCUAAAAGAAAUAGAUCAAAUGCAUUUGAAAUUAUUUCUGGAUUUGAUCAAUUUAAUUUGGAAAAUGAUAUUACUAAAAAACAAGUUAGACAAUUUAUUGAUUCGUUUGCACUUGAAUUAUAUUCAUUUUAUAAUUCAUUACCAAUUAUUAAAACACAAACAUUGUGUUAUUAUAAUGUCCCAGCUGAAUAUAGAUUUAAUGAUUUCAUAAGUAAUUUUGAAGAAUUUAAAAAUUAUAAAAUAUUAUAUUCUAUACCAAAAAAUUCUCAUUCUAAAGAAAAAGGAAUUUAUAUUAUUAAAUUUGAUCGACUUCAAGAUAAAGUAAAUGCAAUGAAAUACUUUAAACAAAGUAAAGAACAAGAAAUUAAAUGUGAAGAAUUUAGAAAUGAAAUUUUUGAUUAUUAUGUUAACACAUUACAAUAUUAUGAUUCAUCAGAACAAAAUGUUGUAAUGAAAAGAAUAAAAAAUCCAAAACAUCAAAAAGAAUAUGAAUAUUUAUUGAAUUAA